CUGCAUCUAGAUCUAUUUCCAUUCGUCGUGUUACAACUUUCCUCUCCCGUGAACAAGAUUAGGAGUGGCGACCCAGGAAGAUGGGGAUCGCACUCGGUUACAAGAACAAUGGUGCCGCUACAAACAGGAUGGCUGCAGGACGCUUGUCUGAUCAACAUCGUCGAGCCAUCGAACGAGUUAUUUUGAGCGCGGCGCCAUCAACAUCGUCCGGGAGUUCCACCUUUGGUUUUUCUGAAAGGCGUCGCACCAGUCCUUGCGGCGAUAUUGUUCGAACAAAAGACUGAAGGAAACGUCAAACAAUUAGUUUCUUGAACGACCUGGGGCUGGGAAGCAGUUGUAUUACGACGUAAGGAGCCACUUGCUCCAUCACGACGACACCACGAUCAAAGCCCUGAGGAUCGAUCCUACAACACGAGUAGGACGAGACAGUGGCGCAAUAGUGUUGCAUGGACCACGAGGAGCAGCGCGCGGUCGCCUUGCUCGUCCCGUAAAGUUCUUUUUACAGGAUUCUUCUCUUGUUCAUCUCGUGGUCGUUGAUCAAAGCUGUCGAAAGCUGUCGUCAUGUCGGAGAAAUUCUGGGUGCCCCACAAGAGCCUGGUCUUCACGCCAGGCUUUGUGUCGGAAGAAGGCGACGGCAAGACUACGUACACGUGCGAUAAUGGAGACACCGUCGUCUUGCCCACCUCAGAAACUCUUGGGGUGGUGCACGAUGAGCACCUGCAAGGCGUGGGCAAUAUCGUUUCCAUGGAAACGGUUUCCCCUGGGGCUAUUCUGGAAACAUUGAGAAAAAGGUAAACUAUCGUAUAAAGUGAAAAAAUAGAUAACAAGAUGAAGAAGCAACUUCCACUGUGUUAUCUGCAUGAAAGAGUUACCUGUGCUUGUGCGGAAUAAAGAUAAACCAAUCGCUAUAAUCGCACGAAAAGUUUACAACUUUCACGAAAAUCCAGGUACGCUCGCGACGAGAUAUACUCGAAUGUGUCCUCCAUCGUGAUUGCGGUAAACCCGUUCCAGAUAUCGUACGAAAAAAGUGUUUCACUGUAAGGAUUUUGCAGGUUUUGCAUCACAGGUUUGCUCUACAUCACAGAGAAAAUUUGCCAUGCGAGAUUCCUAAGGGAAAACACAGCCAGAAAUCCAUUGUCUUGCAUGUGUAGCAAGACAAACACUUCUCAGAUGCACUUUCUGCAUCACAAGUUCACAGUGAAACAGUUUUUUCUUGCGAUACCAGAUGCUCAACCUGUACUCCUCGGAAAUCGUGGAUGUCUACGCCAAAGCGGCGGACUAUGGAAGCGUCAGGAUUGAAAUCGUCAAGGUUGAAAUAGUUUUAGUUUGUGAUGCAUAAAAUGGAUGCCAAUUGAAGCCCAGUUUCCAAGUGGCGCAUGACAAACUUGGGUAGAGCCUAAAUCCAGUUUGUCAUGCUGUUUGGGUAAAUGCGACGCGUUUUGUCAUGCUACUUUAGCAGCUCUAUUUCUACACCUCAACAGGCUUACAAUCUGCCUCCCUUGCGUCCUCUGCAAUAAAGACAGUUUUUGCGUUGCAUUUAAUGCAUGACAACUUUGUCGAUUUCAAUCCUCCUGACACAUCCAUACGGACACCACGGAACUUUCGCCGCACAUUUACUCCAUCGGCGCGAACGCCAUCCAGGGGCUCUUUGACUCGGGUAAGGACCAGGCGAUCCUGAUCUCCGGCGAGUCCGGUGCGGGGAAAACCGAAUCCACAAAGACCGUCCUCGGGUACAUUGCCGAAGUAGCGGGCAGCCGGGCGGGUAUCGAGGCAAAGAUCCUCUCUACAAACCCUCUCAUGGAAGCCUUCGGAAACGCAAAAACUUCAAGAAACAACAACAGCUCCCGGUUCGGAAAGUGGUGCGAGGUACUUAUGCUUACGCACUGGUAGCGAGUGCCGCUUUUGCUGUCGAAUAUGUAACUCCAGAGGUCACAUUCUUCCUCUUUUGUUUGUCUAUACAAAAAGAGAGAAUCAAGAGCGCCCGAGCAUGAGAAUAUGCUUGGAAGAUCUACUUGCACUUAUAUUCAUCUGAAAAGUGAGUGACGCUCUCCUUUGAUUGUACUCCUGUAACUGCAACAACUUCAGGUAAAGUUCGAUACGAACCUUUCCAUUAUGGGGGCUUCGAUCACCGAUUACCUUUUGGAGACGACGCGCGUGAUCGACCAAUCCUCCGUGGAGCGCAACUACCACAUUUUCUACAGCCUGCUCGCGGGUGCGGGGAGCAGCAGCGACGAGUUUCAUUUGGACUCGGACAACCCGAAGGACUACCAGUGCCUCAAGAACGCCUGCACGAACGCGGACGGCAUCAACGACGCGGAGGACUGGGAGCAGCUCCAGUCCGCACUGCAGGAGCUCGGGUUGUCGUCGAAAGAGUGCCAGGCCAUGUUCUCCAUCGUCGCGGGUCUCCUCCACAUGAGCAAUUGCGUGUUCCAGGACGCGGAGGUGAACGGGGGCGAGGGGUGCAAAAUCCAAGACGCCGAGGCUUGCAGCAAGGCCGCCGCGUGCUUUUCGUGCGACAGUGAGACGUUGCUCUCGUCGCUGGCCUUCAAACGAUUGGUCGUCGGGAAGGACGUCACGCACGCGCCCCAGCCCUCGGCGAAGGCGCACGUGUCCAGGGACGUAACCAUGAAACUCUUCUACGGAAAGCUCUUUCGCUGGCUGGUGCAGCGGCUCAACGUCACGCUCGUGGCAGACACAGGUAGAGAAGUUGAAGUUCUACUAAGGUGGUGGAUUGGCUUUAUCGAAUAUCAUUUGCCGCUCCAUUUUCGUUUUCCGCACAACGAACUGCUUGCUCAUUUUCUGCAGUUGUUCUCGCGUCUACUUGGCAGAAUCAAAAUCUACGAUUUCACCACCUCUUGCUGUCAACAUGCACAAAUACUGAAAAUGCAGCCGGCUCCUCAAAGGAAUUCCGGCGCAUUGGGUUGCUCGAUAUCGCCGGUUUCGAGCAUUUUGAGCACAACAGCUGGGAGCAGCUGUGCAUCAACCUGUCGAACGAGUGCCUGCAGCAACACUUCAACGCAUUCGUCUUCAAGACCGAAAUGGCCGAUUACCAAGCGGAGGGGGUCGCGAUAGACGAAAUCAAGUUUGCAGACAACGAGGACAUCCUAGAGUUGAUUCAGGGCAAAGCGGGCUUGAUGUCUUUGCUGGACCAGGAGUUGUCGGUGCCAAAAGCGACUGACAAAACCUACGUCGCGAAGUGCACCAAGGCUUUUGGCGGGACCCCGCCCGCCGGUUCCUCGGACUCUACGCCGAGCUCGUCGUCGUCCUCGUCGUCGUCCAGCAAGGCUCGCUACAAGCCGAUGCGGCACGCAGACAGUGUGGAGUUCACGCUGGACCACUAUGCGGGCGAAGUGAAGUACAACUGCACUGUAUCAUUUGUAAAAACGUCCCCACCUCCCCAUAGUUGUCAUGCAAUUCUGCAUGCCAAAAAAGUUUCUCAUGCGGAGCCCUAUGAGAAGCAUUUGCUGUUCGUGUUUCGGAAUUUGUGAUGCUAGAAUCAGCAGGCUAUGCUAGAUCUGUGAUGCUUCUGAACUAGCAAAAAAGGAUUACACUACGAGGACAAACUUGUCAUGCCAAACAAGCAAAGCUGGUUGAUUUGUCUAGCAGAUUUCGCAUCUUGACUCUGGUGUGGGGACGUUUUUACUCAGGAUACACUGGGUGGCUGCUCAAGAACCAGGACACGCCGCCCUCCGAGGCCGUGGACCUGAUGAAGCACAGCAACAACCUAUGAAAGUGCACAACUCCCCCUCCCCCUCAUUUGUAUAGCAUGAACGGCAAUACAAGCGUCAGCACGAGUGGCGGUUUUGCAUGACAAACUUGCACAGGACGAGUGUAGUACUAUUUUUUGGGCUUCCGGAGUCUGUCAUGCAAACAGUGCCACAAGGCAGCGCCUGGAUUUGAAGUUUAGCAUGACAAAUGAGGGGGAGGGGGAGCUGUGCACUGUCAUACAACCUGAUCCUCCAAAAAAUCGGGCGCGACAUGACCGAGGAGCAGGAAGCCGCGUCCAACGCCGCGGGGCGCGGUCGGGGGCCCGGGAAGAAGAAGACGGUGGCCAUGAGCUUCAAGGAGUCCCUCAGCCUGUUGAUGGACAACAUCCACAAGUCGCAGCCGCACUUCAUCCGCUGCAUCAAGCCCAACGCGGACAAGGUGGCCAACAAAUUCGUGCCCAACAUGGUAUACGAGCAGCUUAUCUACUCGGGCGCUAUGGAAGCGGUGAAAAUCCGGCAGCAGGGGUAUCCGCUCCGCAUGCCGAUCAAGGACUUCCUCGGGCGCUACCAGUGUGUCGUCCCCUUGGAGUUGCGCAAAGAACUCGAGGGCAAAACCGGGAAACCGAUCUCCGCACCAGAAACACUCGCCCUGGCAUUUGAGAAGCUGCCAGUGUUGCUCGGGGAUUGUACUUACUACUGCUUCGAAUUUUUAUCCGGUCUAUGUAAAAAUUUUGUGAGACUCGCAUUGUGUUCAUCAUCAUUAUCGCGAUUUUUGUUUCGCUCUUUAUUCAUCUCCAUCUGGUCAUGUUAUGUGCUUGUGACCUAGUAGCUACAAGAAAACAUGACAGCCCGCGUGCGCGCGAAGGAUUUCCAAAUGGGAAAGACCAAGGUUUUUUGUAAGUCCGCGGCGCAGAGGGCGCUGGAUACCGCGAGGCGGUUUGCCUACACGGGUGUGGUCACGAAGAUUCAGCGCGUGUACCGAGGUUUCGUUGUGCGGAAACAGGUAAAAGCGAGCCAAAAGUACCAGCGCGACAUUUCUGCCUACAUCAACAAGCACAAGUUGUACCAGGGCGAAAACCAGCACGGAUGCGUGGUGUUCGGUGCCCUCCAGGGCUUGCAGUCGGAGAUCGAACAGUGCAACGUGCUGCUCGCCCGGGCGUACAAGGCCUACCCGGUGCCACCCAUGUGCAAAACCCUGGAAGAGCUGUUACACAAGAUGCAGCAGGAGCGCGACCUCUUCCAGGGACUGCCGAAACUGCUCAAGUCCAUGGACUUCGUCGAACUCGACCAGGCGCUGGCGGUCUUUGCGAAGCUAAAAAUCAAAGCGUCAAAGGAUUUGGACGAAAUCAAAUGGCGGGCGUCGCAGAUUGCCAUCCAGACGCCGCUCAUCAACGCUUUGCGAAGUAUCGACGCGGCGGAACCAAUUCCAGUUGACAACGAAAAGGCGAUUUUGUCCGUGCGCAAUCUGAUAGAAACCUGCCAGCAGUCAGGCUUGGGGGAGGACGCGUAACAUCAUCCAUACGAAUCAAUUUUUGGUUUUACAUCGAGCAUGAACGUAGGAGAAAAAACUUCAAAUUCCGCUCUUCGUCUUCAUAUUCAUUCUCGGGAACAAUUGUAGUUGCUCGCCACUCGCUGGUGCUGUCGUGUAAUAAAGCGAAAAAAAUCGAUUGUUACAGGUCAAAGUGGCUGGAUCCCGAGGCACACAAGCUGUAUGUCACGGUUGCGAAGUUGCACACCGAUGUGUGCUCGCGAGUGGAUGCAGCAAAAAUCGAGCAAGCCCGCCGGGAUGCCGAGGAGGCUCGCGCCGCGGAAGAAAAGCAACGUCGCUCCGAGCUCGAAAAACAAGAACAGGCUGCCGAGGCCGCCGGUGACAGCCACGAAGCGGCCAAGAUACGGAACACGAUCAGGAGGAUGACGCGCAGCAGCCGGCACAUGACUGUCACAAAGAUGACGCCCAUGCAACAAGACCAGGUUUGUGGUUUUGAGUACUUCUACUUGAUCUUGAUGAACUUGAGGGUACUUCUCCCUUGCCAUGGUGUACGCUUUGUUUGUCUGCGUACGUGUUUCGUUGAUGGUACUUACCCUGCCAUGCACACACCUUCCCAUCAGCACCACGUGCAUUGGUGCCACUGCAUGAGAAAUACGCCAUUAACAUUCGUUUGCAACUGACACCAGAUUUGCGGGCGUCUCGCGGAUGCCGUCGCGGAAAUGGACCAGAAAGCCCUGAGUACCUUGCUGGAGUGCGCCGUGUCGAAUGGUAUAGCCGCCUCCGAGCUGGAAGAAGCCCGCGCCAUGUUCCGGAAUUUGCAUUCCGAUGAAUUUGUCAAAGAGGCGCUGCAAAAGUGCUACGACGAAUACAAGCAAAACUUUUGUUCUCCCAGUGCCAGCCCGGAAAAGUCCUCGUCAUCCUCCACAAGCUCUUCUAGUCCGAGCAAAAUGAACGGCAUCCGAGAGAAGCAGCUGCUGGUGAAAAAAGCCGCGAAUCUGCUCCGGGCCGGUAAGGGUAUGGACCUGGAUCGGGAGCUGUUGAUCGAAAUAGAGAAGUGUGUGCGCAAAGACCAGGGCAGACGAGGCACCAUGUUUGGGAAGGACGCUACGCAGCGCGACCUGGAGACGGCCAUCUCGGUGUACGGGGAUUUGGCGACGUGCCCGUUGUGCAACCCCAAGGUGGUGCGCACGCUGCGCCUGGAAGACGGGCGGGUCUUCCAUCCCAUGGACAGCGGCGGCAUUCUGUCGUGGUCGCGCUCCAAACUUCCGUAUUAAAUGUAAAAAUGUCUCCUGGGUCUGGAAGAAUGCGCGAUUUGUCAUGCAGCUUCUCCAUGACCCAUGAAGUCUGGAAUGCAGGACCUAGCAUGACAGAUUCUGUGCGAUCUCUCUCAUGCCUAUCCUGCAUGAGAAACUCCCUCCCGACUUGGUCAAAACUGGACGACUUUUGGCAGUCAUGCAAUACAGAUUUUUGCAUGCUCUAGAUUUAGCAUGACAAGUUGCAUUCUUCCCGACCCAGACAUCACUUUUACAUUUGAUAUUCCGGGACCCCUCUCCAUCCUGCCGGAUACCUACGCGCAGGCGGCCAUGUCAGUACACCGAAAUAUUCUCGGUUGGAUGAAUAUGGAAGCGUCAGGAUUGAAAUCGACAAAGUUGAAAUAAUUUCUCAUGCAGAAACUGCAAGGCAUGAAGUGCCUGUCUUGCCGGGAUGGCAAGUGAGGCAGAUUGUGAGCCUAUUUAGGGUUUGGGAUAGAGCUGCUAAAGGAGCAUGACAAAAGCAGUCUUCUGUGCCAAAACAGCAUGACAAACUGGAUUUAUACGGUUGCGAAAUUUGUCAUGCGCCGCUUACAAAUUGGGCUUGCAACUGGUAUCGAUUUUAUGCAUUACAAGCUAUUUCAACUUUGUCGAUUUCAACUCUGACACUCCCAUAAUGAACGACCGACCGGUAACGGAGGCGAAGCGCAUGCCGCUCGCGUACGCCAUCGUGUUCAAGGCAAAAGGAGAACCCAUCCUGCGCACGGAAAUCUACCUGCAGCUGAUGAAGCAAAUCAACAACAACCCAAAUCGAAGAAGCGAGCUGCUUGGUUGGAAGGUAUUUCAAAUUGCGCCUGCGUUACUUGUGAUUUAAGGAUUUAUCGAUCUGUAUCAAUCUGUAUGCAUUUUUAUUUGCUCCAUCCGCUAGAAAGGAAAAGGUAUACCGUAGUUCUAUUUGAAACGCAACGACGCGUGCUGCUGUAGUUAUAGUUUUAUUUGUUAGCACAUGUGGUCUAAAAGGCCACGACGUCCAAGGGGCUACCUUUUGUAGCCCUCACGCAUAGUUGCACUUUUCGAGGAGAAGUGCAAGAAUUCCAUUGGUAGUGAACAAAUUUUUUUUACGUAUGAAAGACACUCGCGGUGAGAAGUAAAAGUUAGUAACACAUCAGUCCAAACGUAAUGCAGCGGCAGCGCAGAAUUUUUUUUUUACCAAACAUCAAAUUAAUUUCGUCCGAACGGACCUCCAAUUGGUUAUGAAAAUGAAAUCAGGUGAUGGAGUUCAUGUGCCAGUACGUCGAGCCUGCGGGGGAGCUCCUGGAGUAUAUUCGUGCCUUCUUGAUGAAGCACAAAAUGCGCACACGAACGGAAGAAGGCUGCGCCGAGGUACUGGCAGUGGUGUCGCAGUGCUUCAAGCACAUGGAGAAGUUCGAGGUGACAACGAUAAGAACUGCAAAAGUCUCGUACUCGUAGUAUUGCAACACAAAUUAGCUCAGCAUGACAAAAGGAAUUUGUGAUGCUGAUUUAUUAGCUUGAAAAUGAAACUCGUCUUGCAUGACUGCGAUUAGUACGAGUACGAUGCUUUUGCACAGGAUAAACGAGCCCGGACAACGAUGGUAGUUCGAACGUGAAGAAAAUUCCCGUCACCGUGACGCUGAUGGACGACACGACGCGGAAAUUUCAAGUCACGGAGCCGAUGCAACUCGCGGACCUGGGUUCCAAGCUGGCCGCCCAGCUGUCCAUCUCCACGCACCCCGCGGAAUUUUCCUUCUUUCAGGUGACGGAGGGGCUGGAUCAGCACCGUUUGAUUCCCGACCACGCGAACGUGUGGGACCUGCUGGCCAAGUGGAACAAGCUCUAUGACGCGACGCGACGGCAGUCGAAAUUUCUCUGGAAGCGCCGCUUUCUGAAACCGAACGAGCUCCUUUCUCCGCACGACAUUAUGCACGCCCACCUCGUCACAAGGCAAGCACGCCUGGAGUGGUUGAAAUAUCCCAUACCAGAGUCGGACGAACAGGUACCUAGUAUGACUUGAUUUCUUGGUGUGGGGCCUACUUCCGUGACUAUAUGAAUGCCAACCUAUGUAUUGCUAUUCCUAUUUCUUGAGUUUCAAUUUGUGCUAAAAAUUGCAGAUCGCUGCUUGCGCUACCGCAGUGUGUUUACUGGAGCGCAGCACGUGGAAAAGACAGCUGGAACAAGGCUUUUCACCUGACGAACUGCGAAGGCUGAUUCCUGAUUCGCACUUGCAGCAAAGUAAAACGAACUGGUCAGAAGCCAUACUGAAACAAUGGGAAACGACCUUUAAAUAUUACGCGAAGCAGCCACCAAUCGAGAUCAUGAGCAGGUAAAGAAUAUGAGCAAUUUUUACGUAUCAGGUUGCUAUCGACAAGCUGCAGCAGGUUUUUCGGAAUUGUUUUUAUCGAAAGUUCAAUUUGUGGCGACCCGCCUCCAGAACAUGACGAAUGAAAUUUCUUUGUGCCCUUACGGUGAUUCAGAGAGAAGAGUGGAUGUCCGAAAUCUGCUCCAUCCACAGGUUCAUGACUACCUUUCAAUCGCUUCGGGUGUACGGGGGUUACUUCUGGUUGGGUGAGCAGACGAUUGAGCUUUCGGAUUCCGAUCGCGCGAUGACGCGCAUGCCUUCCGACAUGCUGAUUGUGAACAAGAAGGAGCCAAACGGGAAAUUCUGGAUUUCCGUCACCCUGGACGGCAUCACAUUGGUCUCCACCGACCGCGAGUCCAAUUUUACGCGCAAAUUUUCAUACGCGGAAGACUCCCAAGAAAGGCUGCUGAGGUACUUACUUGUCUGUUGUCGUGAGAGCAUCGGACUACGACGUUGUACUCCAAAUAAGAUGAAGUUCACAUCGGAGAAAGAUGAACACCAACAGAUCUAUUGCAGUUUUCUAAAGUGGAAUUCUUGCAAUGGGAAUGGAAAUGCUUGCUUUAUACUUUCAGAUGGGGCGCGAAGGGGAAUCUGCUGCAGCUGGUGGUGCAGGCCUUUGGCAGUAAGCGAGAGCAAAAGAUGAAGGGUCGGCUCCCACUCACGGUCGUUUUUUACUGUCCCGCUGCGAUCGACGUUGCCUACUUGAUUCACAGAAUUUCCGCGGAUUGCUUUCUAGGCCAGGCAGAAGAGCAACGGGCGAAGGAGGAGGAGGAAAAAGAACGAAAAGCCAAAGAGGCGCGGAAAUUCCUACAGGACGCACAGGCUGCCAGUAAGGAAACCAUGCGUCGCGAGAAGAAGGAAAAAAAAGAAAAGAAGGAAAAGAAAAAGGAGAAAAAAGAGUCGCGCGACGACGGGGCGGAAAAGAAAAAGAAGAAAAAGGAAAAGCGAGAACUACGCGAGGAGGACGCAGCUGCUGAGAAAGAGAGAAAGCCUGCUUCCGCGCGAAGCCGGGACUCACCGUCGCUAAACCAGAACGCGGAUCUCAUCGGUGCGUGA